UAAAUCAUGUGACUAGGCUAAGCCACUUUAGUAAGUCAUGGUAUGAUUACUCACUACAUUAGAUACGAAGAAAUAGCCCACAACAAAUCCACAUUUCUCAUAAUAACCAUGAGUAGUGCUUUUAAAAAUUGCCGAACGGUAAUGGUGACAGGAGCCAGCCGAGGCCUCGGUCUGCGAGUUGUGGAAAGUCUGGUGGCAGGGAACUCUGAUCCGGACAAGAUCAUUAUUGCCACGGCCAGAAACCCGAGCGGGGCCCAGGAACUCCAGAAACUAGCUGAAAUAUAUCCAAAUAUCCAUAUAAUAACACUUGAUGUUGUCAGUCAGGAGAGCAUAGAGAAAGCUGCACAAGACGUUGACCUGCUUGUUCAGGAGCUGGGCCUCAAUUGUCUAAUCAACAAUGCUGGAAUCAAUGUUGUCGCCAAUUUUGAGACAGUCACGGCUGAGAAGAUGUUGGAGAACUUCCACACCAACUCUGUGGCCCCCCUUAUGAUCACUAAGGCUCUCCUACCCCUGCUGAAGAGGGCAGCUGCCAAAGGCACGGGCAUGGGCAUCCAUAGAGCUGCGGUCAUCAACAUGACUUCCUUGUUAGGGUCAGUCGAGCUCAACUGGGGUGACCGGGCCAAGAACUUCAAGUGGUAUCCAUACAGAACAUCCAAGAGUGCUCUGAACAUGGUGACCCGAUGCAUGGCAGUGGAUCUGGAGGCUGAUGGCAUCCUGUGCAUGGGCCUCCACCCUGGCUGGGUACGCACUGACAUGGGCGGACCAGAGGCACCUUUGAGUCCAGAGGAGAGCAUAUCUUCUGUGUUGUCAGUAAUUGGUGGAUUGACUGAAAAGGAUCAUGGGUCAUUUCUACACUACACCGGGGAGCCACUACCCUGGUGAUUGGAAUAUCACCAUGAAUGAUUUUAUAAGUUGUUGGUUUGCACAUGUUUAUGCUUUGACUAUGCAAAGUUGAAUGUACUACCUAGAUAGCAGUUUUGCAUGAAAAAAAAUGCAUCAUGUAAUGACACUGUAUGCCUAGCCUAUGUUAUUAAAACGAGGCAAGUUAAUUGUUCUGUAGGCCUAUGUGUAACAGGUUGAAGUGUCAAGGAAGCAAAUAGUGGACAGUCUUUUGUUUGUCUUUGAAGGAAUAUGUUCUUUCAGCUUAGGAUAAGAGUAUUUGAAGAGUAUUAUGAAGAUGAUUUAUUUGUGUCUUUAGAAAUAUAGUAACAUACAGUAUCCUGGAAAAUAACAUUUAUCCUCUGUUAUUUCCCCAAUGAUGCAUAGUAGGAGUUUGUCUGAUGUUAGCUGAAAUAAAAGUUAUGCACACAAGUGUUGAGAAAUGA